UCUUGAAAAGUUGCGCCCCAUUUGUUUUCAGACAGAUACCUCUUCUCAUCCUACAAAACACAAAGCAAUCUCGAUUUGGGGAAAAGCACACACACUCAAUACAAUCUCUCAUUUUUGUGCAAUUCAAAUUUCCAUGUUUGGUUUCAAAAUGGCCCCAACCUCUCUGUCUGCUCGCUUCGGACAAUCUGUCAGUCCAGAUGCUCUUAGAUCAUAUCUUGCAGAGUUUAUCUCCACAUUCCUCUACGUAUUUUGUGUUGUAGGAUCAACAAUGGCUUCGCAGAAAAUGAUGAUAAAUUCAGCGGCUGAUCCAUCUAAUCUGGUGAUUGCCGCACUUGCCAAUGCAUUUGCGUUGUCGUCAGCGGUGUACAUUGCGGCAAACAUCUCCGGCGGGCAUGUGAAUCCGGCCGUUACUUUUAGCAUGGCACUUGGAGGCCGCAUUAGUGUCCCAACCGCCCUGUUUUACUGGUUUUCUCAAAUGCUCGCAGCCGUAAUGGCUUGUAUUCUCUUGAGAAUCUCAACUGUUUCAACGCAUGUUCCAACAUAUACAAUUACAAGUGAAAUGACUGGAUUUGGGGCAUCGAUCUUGGAAGGUGUUCUGACAUUUGCUUUGGUGUACACUGUUUAUGCUGCUGGGGACCCUAGACGUGGUCCGCUGGGAGCAUUUGGGCCGUUGACAAUUGGAUUUGUGGCAGGAGCCAAUGUGUUGGCAGCAGCGCCAUUUUCAGGUGGUUCUAUGAACCCGGCUUGCGCAUUUGGGGCUGCAAUAGUUGCCGGUAGUUUCGGGAACCAGGCAGUUUAUUGGGUUGGGCCUUUGGUUGGAGCCGCAGUGGCAGGAGUUUUGUAUGACAACGUGGUGUUCCCUUCUCAAGCUUCUGAUUCUAUUACAGGAAUUUCAGAGGGUGGUGUUGGGGUUUAACCACAACCUACUAUAUGUAUAGGUUUCAUCGGUUUUGUGUAAUUCUUUGGUUGUAAUAUUAGUGUUGUAUGAUUUGUAGUUUCAAGUGUCAUG